CCACCGCCGGAAUCUUCUUCUUCUCCGGCGACGAACUCUGAUCAUCCUAGUUCCAUGAUUUCUUCUAGAGAUCCCGAUGCUCUCUUUAGCGGCGGUGGAAUCAGCUUUUUAGCAGGAGUUAGAAUUGUGAAGUUUAGUUAUGGAUAUUCUAGUCUUAAGGGUAAAAGAGCAACAAUGGAGGAUUACUUCGAAACUAGAAUCUCUGAUGUUAAUGGACAAAUGGUUGCUUUCUUUGGUGUCUUCGAUGGUCAUGGUGGAGCAAGAACUGCUGAAUAUCUUAAAAACAAUCUUUUCAAGAAUUUAGUUAGUCAUGAUGAUUUUAUCUCAGACACUAAGAAAGCUAUUGUUGAAAGUUUUAAGCAGACAGAUGAAGAGUAUCUUAUUGAUGAGAUAGGACAACCGAAGAAUGCUGGCUCGACUGCUUCGACUGCUUUGCUUAUAGGGGAUAAGUUGAUUGUUGCUAAUGUCGGUGAUUCUAGAGUUGUAGCGUCAAAUAAUGGUUCAGCUGUUCCACUGUCUGAUGAUCAUAAACCGGAUAGAUCAGAUGAGCGACAACGGAUUGAAGAUGCUGGUGGCUUUAUUAUUUGGGCUGGAACAUGGCGAGUUGGUGGAAUUCUUGCGGUCUCUCGGGCAUUUGGGGAUAAGCAACUUAAACCAUAUGUGAUUGCAGAGCCAGAAAUUCAGGAGGAGGAUAUAAGCACGUUGGAGUUUAUUGUUAUUGCUAGUGAUGGACUGUGGAAUGUGUUGUCAAACAAGGAUGCCGUGGCAAUAGCACGAGACAUUUCAGAUGCCGAAACAGCGGCAAGAAAGCUUGUGCAAGAAGCCUACGCACGGGGUAGCUGUGACAAUAUCACUUGCAUUGUUAUUCGAUUCGAGGUUUCUUGAUAAAGAACCAAAGUCAUAUGAUCUUGAGCUGUUGCUUUUUUCCUUCCAUGAUCUGGUUUUUUAGCAAAACAGCAUUAAUACAAUCACACAUUUGCU